CUGGGAUCUGCUGUGUGAUACUUUACGAUUGGUUUGUUGUGGUGUGUGGGGGGAGAUGGCGGCAUAGGGCGCGGCCAAGGGUGGCCUUUCGGGGCCAUGCUCAACAACCUCACCGCUACAGCCUUGGGAGGUCACAAAGAGCAGUGCUCCGAGAGCAAGCUCGAUUUGAAGCCGAGCGUGGAGCGUCACCAUGCGCCCGGCGCCAGGCUGCUGGCGCACACCAUUCGAGCCGACCACCUGCAAGGUGGAAUUCACCAGCAACACAGCCAGCACAUGGCAACCGUGCCAGUCAGCAUGUCCUCCUCUGCAUCAGACAGCGACAAGCCGGCGAAACAGAAGAGACACAGGACUAGGUUUACACCGGCACAACUGAAUGAAUUGGAAAGAUGCUUCACGAAGACACAUUACCCUGACAUCUUCAUGAGAGAGGAGAUAGCAAUGAGGAUCGGUUUGACGGAGAGUCGAGUUCAGCCCGCUAAAAGUGACUUUGUGGAUUCACUUAGUUUCUAG